CUAAUGUCAACUACAGUUACGUACUCUUCAUUUCAAACCCCAGAACCAACCAUAAAUUUCUUCGAUUUUGUUUUAUACAUACACGACGGGCGCAGACAUGUUUGUUUCCUUUUUGGUGCAUUAUGGGGAACGGUCAAAGGUAUAUCUCCGAACAAAAUAAUAAACAUGACCUUUAACCGCACUGACUGACGGGAUAUGGAGGAUAGGGUCCAGAGAAAUUGGCAUGUAUAAACAUCGCAAAUGGCGAGCACUUACGCAGAUUUACGAGAAAAGUUAGGAAAUUCAUGUCGUCUAAGGAAUGCAGGAUUACAUAGUGAUAGAGAAAAUCCAAAACUAGAGACGAUAUCAAAUCGUAAACAUAGAUCUAGUUUAGGCCGUAAGCGGAAUGUGGUGGACGAUAUCGAAGUCGCGAAGUUGAUUCGCGCAGGGAUCAAACAAUUUCAGCUUUUCGAUGAGGAAGAAUGUCAGAAAAUUGAAGAAAAGAUCAAUGAAGUAGUUCGCAUAGGUGACGAUGAUGUUUACAAAGACCACACAGUUGACAGAGCCCCAUUACGAAAUAAAUAUUUCUUCGGGGAGGGGUAUACUUAUGGCGCACAACUAGCAAAACGAGGCCCUGGGCAAGAGAGACUGUAUGCAAAGGGCGAAGUUGAUCCCAUUCCUGACUGGAUAUACGAGAUGGUUGUGGCAAAACUUGUGGAGAAAAAGAUUAUCCUUGAUGGGUUUGUGAACAGUGCAGUGAUUAAUGACUACAAGCCAGGCGGAUGCAUUGUGUCGCACGUUGACCCAAUUCAUAUCUUUGACCGACCCAUUGUGUCCGUGUCAUUUCUGAGUGAUUCAGCGCUAAGUUUUGGAUGCAAGUUUAGCUUCAGACCAAUACGUGUAACAAAACCUAUUGUAUGUGUACCAAUGUCAAGAGGUUGUGUUACCAUUUUAAGUGAUUAUGCCGCAGAUCAGGUGACCCAUUGCAUAAGGCCACAGGAUGUCCGUGCAAGAAGGGCAGUUAUUAUUCUCAGACGGGUUUACUCAGAUGCCCCUCGUCUGGAGCCUUCAUUUCCAAGCUCAAGCAGCAGAGGCAGGAAGAGGUUGCGCCAAGAGGACAACCACCCCAGAGGCUCCUCAUACCACAGAUUUCACAGCCAUUCUCGUGAUGACUCACCAGAUCCCAAGAUCAAAAUGAAGUCAUCGGUGCAUGUGGUUGAAGGGUCGGUGGCAAGUAAGACUGACAAAGAGAAGGAGAAAGAAAGGGCUAAAAAGAGGUAUACUUCGUUGUCUUCAUCCUCUUCAGAAAAAUUAGAGCCAGCAAAUAUCCCUAAGGCUCAGAGGGAAAGGGAAGAAGGAGAACUUUCCGAAGGUGAAGGAAAAGAGAAACCAAAGAGAAAUAUAAACAAGGAGGUGAAGGUAGAACAGGAUGUUGUUCCAAAAAAGAAAAUUAAAAUAAAUCGUCCAAAGCUGUUAAGUUAGCUGGAAUAAGUGUUAAUUAAAUGAAAUUACGUCCUCACUGCGUUUUAUGUGACAAAUACAUGUGUUAAGUCACAGAUAAUAGUCACAAAAACUUCAUAAUGUGGACAGACCUAUAGCAUAGUUUUAUGAAAAAUAGAAAGAUUUAUAGUAAUUUCAGGGGGGGGGGGUGCGGGAGGGAAGGGAACCACAUUGUCUACCAAAAAUAGUUAUCUGUUUUGAGUGAUCAUAUCAAACAUGUGGUUAAUACUGUAUGUAGUGAUUAUCAUAUUACACAACAUUUGUUUAAAUAUAUCUCGUAAUUACAUUAUUUUCUUUUGUGCUCAAUUCAUGUCAGACAAUUGUCUGACAAUUAUCAUUUAAAUUUGUGCCCAUAUAUAUGACAUUAUUAUGCUAAUAUAUGGGAAUUUCACACAAAGUUGUCAAUUUAAAGCAUACACUGCACCAUGGACACAAUUCCAUGUAUAAUGCAAUCUGAUGACGCACAUGCAACAGCAAAAACGAACCACUCACACUGUCGCCAACAAUCUGCAGACGAUGUCGCAUCGUCAAGCGUUCAUAGGGAGUGGAGAUAGAUUCUUCGAUCAUGUGUCCUUCAUACAAUGCAGCGAGGGCCCGGCUGUACAUGAUGUGUUAUGGCAUUACAAAGAAUUUUUGGUUAUGGAGUUUAUAACGUACAAAGGUCAAAAUAGUUUGUUUCUGCAUCAGACUUCCCAAAACCUCUCUACAUUUACCCAUCGUUUUAGCCGAAAACAUGUGAAAUAUGGCUAAUAUUUAUCAGUACUGUCUAGUAAUACUGGACAACAAUCAGAACGUUAUUGUGUUGUACAUGAAGUACCGUAUUUUGUCGCGUGAACUUUAGCCCUUGUUUGGACUAUGUUUUAACAGGCUUGUAAGACUCAUAAUGAAACAAUCUGAUAUGAAAACAUCAUGUCAUCAACAACAGGUCUGGUAUUAUUUAUUUAUUUAUUUUCAGUUGCAUUUCUUAAACAAUAUACAUUAAAUUCUAACUAUCUGAUUACAUUACCUGCAUGCAGUUUUAAGAGAGUGCAGGAUUGGUUUUCAUAUUUCUGUAACUUUUGUUAUGGGGGUUGUAUAUAUUUUGUCUUGAUUUUAUAAAUGUACUACUAGCAAAGUCAACAUUCUACCAUAUCUAUGGAUCGUGUUCUGUAACCGAUAAAACACAUUGCAGGACAAAACUGAAUUCUGUUAUAAUUUUCACUAAAAUAUGCACUGAUACAUUCUGUCAACAUCCUAGAAGCUUGUGGAGGGCCUAUUGGCUUUUUAAUUUUUAUUUGUAGACAGGUAAGCCCCCCCCCCCGUUGCAUCAGUUUACUAUGCAUACACAGGUAAACCCAGUUCACAUUGACAUUUAAACCAGACUCCGGUUGCGUCACAUGAACUUUUUUUUAGUGUGAACUGCUACCAUGACUAUUCUAGCAUCUGAUUUUUCAAACCAGCUGACUUGACAUGUUUCAGACAAUCGAUGUGAAAUGACCCCUAUUUUUACCAAUCAGAGGUUAUGUCACAUCAAUUGGCCUAAUGUGACAUGACCUCUGAAUUGUCAGCAUGAUCAUUCAUGUUGACUAAUCAGAAAGCAUUUCUACUGUAUAUUAGUCAAUGGCUGUGAAUGUGUUCAAAUGUUUUCAGGUUUGCUGGUAUAUUGUGAGCAUGUACUGUAUAUCACACUUGUUAGAGAGCAGCACUUUAGAGGGCCUAACAUCUGUUUGUUUUCUCUCAUGCAUGCUGACUACCAAACCACUUAAAGUGGACACCCUGACAGGUUCAUGUUAGACGCAAGACGCGAGUCAUGCUUGGAGUGAAUCAGAAGUGCAAACAUAGCGCUGCUACCAUCACCAAUAUUUGUUAUGUAAAAAGUUGUGAUUGAAUACAUUACAUUUUAUUACUAUAUUUCAGUCAGUACUUCAUAUUGAUCAACAGAUUUUGAGAGACUUCAAUAUGCAUAACCAAGGGUCAGACAAGGUCAAUGUUUACAAGAUAAAAUAAAAUGAGUUUGUAGAUUAGUACUAAACUACAAUCAUACAUUGUAAAUAUCAUAUAUAAAUACAGUAUAUAUCAACCAUAUUAGUGUACAAAAGAAGUAUGGAUGGUUAUCAAAUGGUAGUUUUUUUAAGAAUACUUGAGUGAGUGCAAAGGUAAGACUGAUAAAUUCCCAGUUGCCUAGCAGUAAAAUGGUUGCCAUGGUCACAUAAUAAUGCCACUUUGGCAGAAUUGGCCGGUGAAUCAGCAUCAUUUUGCAGUGGUGUUUUGCGUUUUUGAAACUUCCAUAGCACAUUUAAUUCUAAAGUUGGAAGAGUUGAACCAGUAAAUGUGAAAACUUUUUCACUAGGCACAAAUUGGGAAUGACCAUUUUGUUAUGUACUGUACUUUUAUUUUGAAGGAUUGAAUAAAUUGGAGUUAGAACUCAAA